AUGGAGUCAAAUCAAAACGUGCAAAUACGAGCAUACGCUGAAACCCGCGUCCAAAAAAUGGUUCACAUCGCAAACACAGAUCUCAGUCUCCGGGUUGUGAAUCGGACCACGGAGCAAGCGGAUGGCCUUUGGCAAUAUGCACGACUUCUCCUGGGCGAGAUAGAGCGUGCGCCAAGUCGUGAAGUGGUUGAGUCGAAGCUUGAUUCUCUUCCAAAUGGGUCAGAAGAGCUAUACACUCAUAUUCUCUGCGCGAAAGAGGCCACUAUGACCGAUGCCGAGAAAGUCUUUGCAAGAUACAUGUUUCUCUGUGCCGAUAUCAGCAACUACAUGCCUGAUUUCCUGGCUCAAAUGACGGAUAUCAUCCAGCAGGGAAUGUUGGAUCUUGUGUUCUGUUACGCUAAUGGCGGGAACAUGCCAUUUGAUGUACCAUCAUUGGCGGAGAGACUCGGCGCACCUUUGAUUGAAGUCUUACGUCCGACGGAGCAUACAUAUGAGGUGAGAUUUGUCCACCUAUCCAUCUAUCAGUAUCUCGCGGACUCGAAGAAGUUUGCCAGGGGCUGCAAGAUCCCAGAGCCCCUACAGGCUCGGUAG